AUGGCCAGCGUCGGCACCCAGGGGCUAGAACUCCAAGCCCCGCACGACUACGACGCCAACCCGGGCUCAGUCGAAAUCGACAUCAUCGCGGUCCCCGGGCUCGGAGCCAACCCGUCCAAGAGCUUCGGGUCGGAGAAACUGCCAGCCAGCACAGCCUUCAACUGGCUGAGCGACGAGCGCGAUGGCAUCCGGUCCGUGAUCCCCAAGUCGCGGGUGCUGCUGUACUACUACGACUCUCGCUUUCUCGGGUCGCAGGCCAAGGAGCAGACGAUUUACAAUGUGGCUAUCCUAUUGCUUGAGAGCAUCGUGGAGAAGCGGCGGGGUCAGGAGGAGGCGGGGCGGCCGAUCGUGUUUCUCGCUCAUAGUAUGGGGGGGUUGGUGGUGGCGAAAGCCCUGGUGCUGGCUGCGCAGCACCGGGACAAGCUGGAGUAUAUGAGGGUGGUGGAAUGUUUUGCGGGCGGCAUCUUUUUUGGUACCCCCUUUGGCGGGUCGUCGCCGCAGGCCAAGGCGUAUCUCCUGGCCACCUUUUUGGAAAAGGUCGGCCGCGGGGUGCCGAACCAGAUGUUGCAGCUGCUGGACCCGGACCGGGACUCGCUGCAGGAGCUGCGUCGGGACUUUGUGCGCCUCGCCAACAAGGAACCGCGGGCCUCGCUGGUGUGCUUCUACGAGCAGCAACCGACCGACUACAUCAAGGAGAAAGUCGCGCAAUGGGUGGGCAAGAACUACUUUUCCACCAAGACCGGCGGCAUCGGGCACCUGUGCGAAAUUGUGGUCCCGCAAGCCUCGGCCGCGCUGGACGGGUCCGCCGACGUGGGCAUGGCGUGCGACCACCGACAGCUGAACCGGUUCGACAGCGCCAAGGACGGCCGGUACGAGAGCGUGCGGCACCACCUGCGGGACGUGGUGCAGGACGCGCACCGGAUUGUGCGCACGCGGCUCAAGGCGUCGCGGCGGUCGGCUGUUGACGAUGCGACGUUUACGCGCAUCUCGCACAGCCUGAAUGUGGUCCCCUUCACCCGGCAGCUGCAGAGCGCGCAGGCGCUGAGCGGCGAUUCCGGGUGGAUCCUCAAGGAGGAUAGUUACCUGCGGUGGGCCUCCUCUACCUCUCCCUCUACUACUACUACUCCCUCCGAGCCGUCCUUGUGGGUGUCGGGAGACGAAGGGCUGGGCAAAACCAAGGCAGCAGCCGAGGUAAUCCAGGAGCUGCAGAAGCGAGAAGCAGACAACGACGUAGCCGGCGCCCGCAACGUGAUGGUGGCCUACUUCUUCUGCGAUGGGACCCCGGACGGAAGCAAGGCCGAGAACCUGCUCAAGUCGGUGUUAUGGCAACUGGUGCUCAGCCGGCGGUCGCUGGCGCAGUAUGUGCGGUCGUUUGCGGCCCCUCAGGACUCGAAGCUGUUCCGGGGCAGUGGCCAGGGCGGGGGAGCCGAGGAGCAGUUCAGCGUGACGAAGCUGUGGAAGGGGCUGGCGGAUAUGCUGCGGGAUCCGUCGGUGCACGAUGUGUACGUGGUUGUCAACAACCUGCACUACCUGUCGACCGAGCCCGGCAGCAGCAGCACGGCCGAGUUCCUGGACAACAUCUCGCAGACCUUGGCCACCUCGGCCGAAGCGGCAGACGGAGCGGACGACCCGAUCCGAGACAAGGUGCGGUGGCUGUUCCUCAGCCGAAACCGGGAAUCCAUCCGAGACGCGUUGGUCAGGAAACCCACGGCGAGUUACGGAGCGCCCGCCCUGCACAUCGACCUCAACGGCUCGUCUAUGAGCGCCGUUCGCCGCGAACAGAUCCGGUCCUUUACGCGUGGCCGGGUUAAGGCGCUGGCCGAGUCCAAGGGCUACAGUCUGGCGCUGCAGUACUUUGUGUUUAGCAGCCUCGAGAAGCGGUCCGAGAGCAGCAACAUGUGGGUGGACGUGGUCUGCUGCCUGCUGGAGAGCGUCCCGACCGAUUUUACGUUGGUCCGCAAGCUGCUGGAGUCGAUGCCGCAGGAUCCCCAUGUGCUGAUCCAGCGCACCUGGGCGCAGGCGCUGAAGGAGGACGAUAAUAAUCAUAAUAAUACCGACAGCAACGGCAGCAGCAACAAUAACCACGACAUCGAGACCACCAAGGAGAUCCUCCGCACGCUGGCGAUCGCGUUCGAACCCCCGACAACGAACGAGUUGGCCGUGCUCGCGGGGCUGGAUCUCGACCCGGACGAUGCCGAGUUCGACGACAAGAUCCUGGCCAAGAUCCGCGACUGUGGGCCGCUGCUCCGGACAUACGACACCGAGACCUGGGAAGACAGCGGCUACCAGUUUGCGACGCGUGUCGACUUCAUCCACCCCAUGGCCCGGGACGUGUUGUACAGUCGAGAGAUGAAGCGGAUGAUCGGCCUGGCGGGCGAUGAUGAUCGUGACGGCGACGAGGGCGAUGAGGGCAGCAAUACCGAGGUGCGCUGGCAGCACGGCAUUGUCGGCCUGCGGUGCUUUGCGUACGUGCUCGGCCAGCUCGGGACGCCGGGCGAGGACGAGGACGAGAGUGAGACGCUGAAGCGGACUGCGUUGUCGGCCGAGGACCAGGCUGAUGCCGAGAUCAACGAGCUGUUUCCGGCCGAUGAGGAGGACCUGGACCGAGAGACCGAAGCUUUGGACGGUGUUCUCGCGUACCCUCUGCAAUACUGGCUGCAGCACGGCCACAAAGCAACUCCUGACUUUGUCGACACGCUCGACAUCAACACGCACCACGGUUUCUGGGCCCCCGACUCGGCCGCGCGGCAGAAGUGGUGGGGCGAGUACGCGAGGAACGAGGCCUACACCGACCACAAAGACAUGACGGCGCUGCACAUCGCCGCCUACUUUGGCCUGCUUCCCUUGGUUAACUCGCUUCUUCAGAGCAAACACGGACAGGGGCACGCCCACGAGCUGCACGCCCACGACACCUGGGCCAACCAGCCGCUGCACUGGGCCGCCAGCCGGGGCCAUGUCCAAGUCUGCGAGCGGCUGUUGGAGGCCGGGGCGGACAUCGACGACGGCAUCCGCACGGGUGACUGGACGCCGCUGCACAUGGCCGCUUCGUCGGGGCAAGCCGAGGUCCUCAGGUAUCUUCUCACGGCACACUCUUCUAGCUCCGGCCACCCGCGCCCGGCGGCGGAUGUCAACGCCGUGGCCAAGGAAGUCGGCACGCCGCUGACACUGGCGAUUUUGGCCCGCCAGUUCCAGGCCGCCGAGAUCUUGCUGGCCCACGGCGCGAAUACCACGCUGGCCGCAGUCGAUUCCGAGCCGCCCGUUGCUGCGGCUGCUCUUCGCGGGUCGGAGGAUCUGCUGGCUACACUGCUGAACGCCGGCGGUGGCGCGAAUUUGGCCUCCCACGAGUACGGGACUGCCCUAGCGGCUGCGGCGUCGGUGGGCCAGGCCAACAUCGUGAAGACGCUGCUCUCGCUGGACCCAGACCGGGCCUCGCACCAACAUGCCCUGGAGCAAGCCGCGGCUGCUGGGUUCCAGAGUGUAAUAACCGUCAUUCUCAGAGGUUCUUCCUCUCCGGGAGGUCCUUUGCCGUGUGGUCGGGCCUUUGAGUUGGCGGCCGAGGCCGGGCACGAGAGCGUAGUGACGGAGCUCUGGGGCUAUCACGAGUUCUACAGCACCAAUUACAACAUCCACAACAUCAUCUCGCCGCAGGCCGUCAACAACGCGCUGUACAUGGCCACCGACAUGCAACGCGACGUCACGGUCAACUUCCUCACGGAAACCUGCCGAGCCGACCCCAACGCGGCUACGGGGUCCGAGUACGGCAACGCUCUGACAGCCGCCGCCUUCGACGGCACGCUCCCCAUCGUCCAGCUACUGCUCCAACGCGGAGCCCGCAUGGACGCCCCCGAAGGCUACCCGCUGCAAGCGGCCGCGCGCAACGGCCACGCCGCCAUCGUCACUCUCCUGCUCGACUGGGGCGCCGACCCCAACGCAUUCACCCCGCACAUCCCGGAGGGUACCGCUCUCCAGGCCGCCUGCACCGCCGUCGGCGGCAGUGUCACCACCGCAGAGGUCGCCCGGAUCCUCCUCGCUCGCGGCGCCCACCCGGGCUAUGGCGCCGGCGAGUACACCAACCCGCUGAUCGCAGCCACCAACCACGGCCACGGCGAGACAGUCAGCCUCCUCCUGCAGUACCGUGCCGACCCCAACGUCCACGGCGGGCCGGAUGGCAGCACCCCGCUCAUCAACGCCGCUUGCACCCUGCCCUCGCAAUACCUCGGCCAGCUGCUGCAGCACGGCGCGCAUGUGGAUCAGCCGGAUCCCGACGAGGACACCGCGCUGAUCAUGUCAGCGCUCGUCGGCGACAACGACUGCGUGGAGUUGCUUCUCAACCACGGCGCGCGGGUGAACCUAGGCGGGAAACACAACGGCACGCCGUUGGAAGCAGCUGCGUCGAACGGGUACGCCGAGACCUGUCGGCUACUUCUUCGGCGUGGGGCUGACCCCAGCGUAGGCGCGGGGGGACCAUACCACACGGUAAUCCAAGCGGCUGCGGCGUCGGGGGAUCCGGAGACGUUGAAAGUCGUUCUCGAGGCUGCUGCACGGCACAGCAAGAUCCUAGGGAGGAGGGGCGUAGACGUCAAUGCCCGAGGCGGCCUGCACACCACUGCCCUGCACGCGGCUGCUGUACAGCACAACGAUCGCUGUCUGCGUCAGCUGCUUGCCCUAGAUCCGGACCUCAAUGUCAUCGCACAGGCACCCCCUAUCUCUACUACGAACACCGCCACCGCCACCGCUACUACCAGAAACGGCGAAGUCAAGUCGACAGACAAAGGGACAGGCACGCCCUUGCAAACAGCCAUCCUGGCCCGGUGCGAUCGCAACGCCCGCUUGCUGCUUGAGGCCGGUGCGGACCCCAACGUCGUGGCCGGGAAUCACGGCACGGCCCUACAGGCGGCUGCGCUAAGGGGCAGCGGGGCGUUGGUUACGCUCUUAUUAGAGAAGGGGGCUAUUGGAGAUGCGAGCUGGAAAGCGCUAGGCAAAUAUGGCCAUCCGUUGAUCGCGGCCAUUGCGCGUGUCGAUGACGAGGAGGGCGAGCGGGCCGAAGUCCUGGAGGUGUUGCUUGCGUUGGAAAACAAGAUUCCGGCCGAGGUGUACCACGCUGCGCUGGAGCGGGCCUGGCAACAGCGGGACAAGGACGUGUUCAAGCAGGUGUUGGCCACCGUGAAGGCUGUUGCGGCCAAGGACAAGAAGUGGUUUCCCAAUGUGAAAGGGUUGCUGGCGCAAUUGAAGAAGAGGCAGCGCGAUCGGCGUGUUAUUAACGAUGCGAAUAGCGAUUUCGACGAUGAUGAGGUGAUUGAGAGGCAGGAUAUUUAUAGUGAGGACGAGGUCGGGAACGAGGACGAGGAUGAGGACCAGGACCAGGACGAAAACCAGCAUGGGCAAGAUCAGCAGACAUCGUCACGUUCUCUGGGCGGCGGAGCCGAGACGUCCCGCGGUGGUCAACGAGCCGGCGGCGAAACUGGUUUGCCAUACCGUUCGGCACCUUCAGCUACCACAGCCGGCGGGGGCGUGGGAAGCGCGGACACGGGAUCUGGCUCCUGGGCUGGCGGUGGCGAUUAUGCCGCGCCGGGCGGUGGCCAGGCCCGGGGCUUCGGUGGAGGCGAGCAUCCAGACGACGGCGAAGGUGCGGAGGACGGGAAUGGUCAGUAUGGGGCGAGAAGUCUGGGCCAGGACCAGGGCCAGUACCAGCCGGCGGAGGAGCAGGAUCAUGAGGCGUAUACGUCUCGUGAUGUAGCCCAAGACCCGGAAGAUGCGGAAGAUGGACAGGUAGAAGGCCAGGAUGAUGACCAGGCUGAAGACCAGGAAGAUCAGCAAGAAGACCAAGAGGAUCAGCAAGAGGACCAAGACGAAGGCCAGGACGAGCAAGAGGAAGAGCAAGAAGAAGAACAAGAAGAAGAGCAGGAGGAAGAGCAAGAGGAGGAGCAGGAAGAUGAUGAGUAG